UUGGUAGAUUCCAACAUGGCCGACUAUUCAUCAGCAACAGAUAGGAUAAACUACGUUUACAGCUGUGAUUUGGACGUUAAUAUACAGCUGAAGAUAGGGACGUUGGAAGGGAAGCGAGAGCGGAAAAGUUACAAAGCUUUGGUGGACGAUCCCAUGCUGAGAUAUUCUGGUCAGUACCAGGAGACCUGCUCAGACCUGUAUAUCACCUGCCAAGUCUUCGCCAACGGAAAACCACUCGCUCUUCCAGUUCAAACCAGCUACAAACCAUUCAGUACCAGGUGGAACUGGAAUGAGUGGAUAACUUUGCCACUCAAGUACAGUGAUCUGUCCAGGAAUGCUCAGGUUACCUUCACUGUGUGGGAAAUCUACGGACCAAGGAAAGCUUUAGCAGUAGGAGGCACCACUGUCACCUUGUUUGGUAAACAUGGGAUGUUCCGACAAGGCAUGCAUGACCUGCGGGUGUGGCCUGACCAGGAGUCAGAUGGUGGUGAGCCCAGUAAGACACCAGGCAAGAUCAGCAACAAUGAUGACCAGAUGACAAGACUAGGAAAGCUAACCAAGAAGCACAGGAAAGGACACAUGGUGAAAGUAGACUGGCUGGACAGGCUUACCUUCAGGGAGAUAGAGAUGAUAAACGAGAAAGAGAAAAGGGAGUCCAACUCCAUGUACUUGAUGGUGGAGUUUCCACUGGUCCAUUUUGAUGGUGUAGAAUACUCCAUUGUCUUGUUUGAAAAGGGUGCUGAUGACACAUUGCAGGUCAGAACUCAAGCAGAAAUAGUAACCGUCCCCGACCCAGAAAUGCUGAUGGAGAACUUGGUGGAGAGUAAGCACCACAAACUGGCCCGCAGUGUGCGCAGUGGUCUGUCAGACAAGGAUCUCAAGCCAAAUGCUGCCACCAGAGAUCAACUCAAUCUGAUACUGGGGUAUCCACCAACCAAGGCCAUGUCCUUAGAGGAACAGGACCUUGUCUGGAAGUUCAGGUUCUAUCUGACCAACCAGAAAAAGGCCCUGACAAAGUUCUUGAAGUGUGUAAACUGGACCCUGCCACAGGAAGCAAAGCAGGCUCUGGAGCUGCUGUACAAAUGGCAGCCUAUUGAUGUAGAUGAUGCCCUGGAACUGCUGUCCCCACAGUUUGGUAACCUGAUGGUCAGGAGAUAUGCCGUCUCCAGGCUGCAGCAGGCUGAGGAUGAGGAUCUGUUGCUGUAUCUUCUACAAUUGGUGCAAGCCCUGAAAUACGAAGACUUCAAUGAGAUUAAGCGAGGACUAGACACUGACAAAACCAGACAUGACACAGUCUCAUCCAGUGAUGGCUCACAUGCUGACAGUAUGGUCAGUGGGACAGUGAAUGUGAUUUCUCAAGACGGCUUCCAUCCACUUCAGAGUGACAUUCCAUCCACAAAACCUGAAGAAUCAGUUCCUGUCACACAUGAUGAGUGUGAUCUUGCAACAUUCCUGAUUCAGCGGGCCUGUAAAAAUGCCAUAUUAGCCAACUACUUGUAUUGGUACUUGUUUGUGGAAUGCGAGGAUCAGGACAAUGUCAACAGAGACCAGAAAGUCACAGAGAUGUACAUCAAUGUCAUGAAACGAUUCAGCCAGGCUCUGCUCAAGGGAGGAGGAGAGUGUAGAAAAAGACGCUCCCUGCUGGCAGCCCAGCAGACAUUUGUGGACCGACUGGUCAUGUUGAUAAAGGUGGUGCAGAGGGAGGGGGGAAACAGGAAGAAAAAGGUAGAAAAACUUCAGGCUCUUUUAGCUGACCCUGAGGUGAACAAGAUCAACUUUACGACAUUUGACCCCAUUCCCAUGCCUCUGGACCCUGAAGUUCAAAUCAAGGGCAUCGUGGUGGAAAAGGCAACACUGUUCAAGAGUGCCCUUAUGCCAAGCAAGUUGACCUUCGUCACCACCCAGAGCAAGGAGUACGUAGCCAUGUUCAAGUACGGAGAUGACCUACGGCAGGACCAGCUAAUCCUGCAGAUCAUCACCCUGAUGGAUAAGCUGUUGAGAAAGGAGAACCUGGAUCUAAAACUCAGUCCAUACAAGACCUUGGCAACAGCUAGCAAACAUGGUUUUGUGCAGCUUGUGGAUGCCAUACCUGUGGCAGAGAUUCUUGCGAGUGAAGGCACCAUUUUGAACUACCUUCGCAAACACAGUCCAAGUGAAAAAGGCCCUUAUGGGAUAAGUCAGGAGGUCAUGGACACAUAUGUCAAGAGCUGUGCUGGCUACUGUGUGAUCACCUAUCUACUGGGUGUAGGAGACAGACAUCUGGACAACCUGCUUCUGUCCAAGAGUGGAAAACUUCUCCAUGUGGACUUUGGCUACAUCCUGGGACGAGACCCCAAACCUUUGCCUCCUCCCAUGAAGCUGUGUAAGGAGAUGGUGGAAGCCAUGGGUGGACAGAGCAGUGACCAGUAUCAGGAGUUUAGGAGGCUGUGUUACACGGCUUUCCUUCAUCUCAGAAGAUCUGCCAACCUGAUCCUGAACUUAUUCUCUCUCAUGGUGGAUGCUAAUGUGCCUGACAUUGCCCUGGAGCCGGACAAGACAGUAAAAAAAGUACAGGACAAGUUCAGGCUGGACCUGAAUGAUGAGGAAGCAGUCCACUACAUGCAGACCCUGAUAGAUGAGAGUGUUGGAGCCCUGUUUGCUGUGGUGGUAGAACAGUUUCACAAGUUUGCACAGUACUGGAGAAAGUGACGACUCGUCAUGAAUGCUGUGUCCCAAUGUCUUGAUUGUUGAAGAUUUACAUAUUUGCAAAUGUUAUUACUGCAGAAUACUGUAUCGAUGAUAUGUAAUUAUUAUUAUGAAUAUAGAAUUGUCUGUGCCAUCAUGAUCCUUAAAAAUGAUAUGCUACAAAGGCCAGAUGUAUCAUAUAUGUACAGUGUUUACUCUUUUUGCUGGACAAUGUCCAAAGAUUAAGUGAAACAUUGAAAGUUUCCAGUACCCUGCCUGCUGAUCCUGGUAUUGUUGUAAAAUCUUACUUUCCUCUUUAUUGUUGCUGUAUAACGUGCAUACACACAAAACUUA